UCGGCUCAUAACGGAUUGCGCUGGACACUCCGACAGUUCUACUUCGCCAGUCGUAUAGUACGGACUGGUGAGAAGACCGUGAGCUGUACUGAUCACCACGAGACCUGACUGAGGCUUGGACCAAACUGAACAGUGUUCUACCGGUGUUUUUCUAUCUUCACCAAACGUUACACAGAUCUCGACACAACAAACAUGCUGUGGAAACUGCUGCUGACCACGUUGGUGAUGGUCGUCUCCAUCCACGAGGCAAUCGGCGAAGACCAACCGAGGCUGUACGCCGGUCCGGGCCGAAUUUGCAAUGUUGACGUGGUUUUCGUCAUCGACGAAUCCUGGAGCGUAUCGAGCACUUGGUACAGUCUGGCGAAGCAAUUCGCCAUCGACGUUUUGAGGUGCUGCGGAUACCUUCAUGAUGUUUGGGUUGGGGUUAUUCCGUACCACUGCGUGCCGAGGACCCAAGUUCCUUUGGGCCCGCGCGACGCCCAACCUAUUCACAUGAUGAUGCGGGAGGGAGGCCUGACCCGCACCGGGGUGGCUAUCCGCUUCAUGAAGGAUACGUCUAACUUCCGCGAUGAUGUCCCACGGGCGGCAAUAGUCAUGACAGACGGAUAUUCAAUGGACAACGUUGCUGCGGCAGCUACCGCCGCCAUGGCCGCAGGAAUCCAAAUGUAUGCCGUGAGUCUUGGAGACCCGGGCCAGGUGGACCUCAACGCGCUUGCGACCAUCGCCGGGAGCCCUGACCGCGUGUUCAACAUGGACAACCCCUGCAGAGUCGCCUUCCGUAUACUGGCGGACCUCUGCAAGUCAUCGGGUGUACCUGGCUGUUAUUAUGCUGAGAAGGACGCCUUCUUGCCCCUUGGGUCCUCUUUUGAUAUGCGGCCUGAAAUGUGCGGGGAGUGCAAUUGUUCAGAAGAGGGUCUUUCAUGCAGGGCUGUGGGUUGUCCACUGAGGAAUCCGCCCUGCCAGAACCCCGUGGACAUCGCGACAAGGUGUUGCCCUGUAUGUGCUGAUGAUGGUAACGCUACUAACGUUCCGGUCGGCUGUCUGUACAAUGGAGCCAUCAUUCCUGUGGGGGAAGAGUACAAGCCGGAUGACUGCACGACGUGCACCUGUCCAGCCGCCGGAGCGGAGCCUGUGUGCGUAGCGCAGGCCUGCAUAGCUUUGUACUGCCCUAACCCUGUACAUAUCGUGGGGCAGUGCUGCCCGGUCUGCCCCGGCUGUCUGUAUGACGGUGUCCUCAUCCCUGUGGGGUCCAACUAUAAGCCGGAUCCCUGCACGUUUUGUCCCUGCCCUUACGCUGGAGCAACGGUGGUGUGUGCCGUCGUGGACUGCGCAGCCCCGCCCUGCACCAACGUCGUGACGCCCCCGGGACAGUGCUGCCCUGUUUGCAUCGGCUGUGAACACGAUGACGGCCUCAUCCUGCCGGGCCAAGAAUACGAGGAGAGUCCCUGCGUGACGUGCUCCUGUCCGGCCGCCGGAGCGGAGCCGCUGUGUGUGGCGAUGGCCUGCAUGCCUCUGCCCUGUGACGACGGCAACUACAUAUCGAUCGCAGGGCAGUGCUGUCCAGUGUGUGACAGCGACGCUCCUGACGGCUGUUUGUACAGGGAUGGUACGAGUACCAUCCUCAUCCCCGUGGGAGUCGAUUACAAGCCGACUCCCUGUAAGCUCGUCCGCUGCUUUGCGGCUGGGGACGACCCGGCAGUAGCGAGCAUGGACUGCGCGCCUCCGAGCUGCCCCGACCCCGUAAACAUCGCGGGGAAAUGCUGCCCGGCGUGCCUCAGCUUCACCUACAGCUAGAGGAAGGUAAAUUAGUGAUCACUUGAGAAGCAGACGGUCUGCCCGGAAUGAAAAUGUGGAUUGUCAGAAAUUAAAGUCCCAAAAUAAAAUAAUCUGCAUCAGCUUAUAUUAAUUGUCGCUGACUUAAUUGUGGUCACUUGGGAAGCAGACGGUCUGCCCGGAAUGACAAUGUGGAUUGUCAGAAAUUCCCAGAAUAAAAUAAUCUGCAUUAGCGUAA